AUGGGAUCCUUCUUGCAGAAACUAAUUGUACUAGUCUUGGUGGUGUCAAUAGUAACGUGAGAGAAAGGCCACCUAAACAGGUUCAGAGACGAUCCAACAGAAAGCAUGAUUUUUCUAGCCAAUAGACUUGAUUAUAAUUUGAAAAUUCCACUAUUGUUCGUUAAUUUAAUGAGGAUGAUUGAGCUCACCCCUUUUGACUUCAUUGGAAUUUAUUCAAAAGCGACAGAAUUUGUGAAAGAAUAUUUGAAAAUAAUUUUUGAUUGUACAAGUCUGGCCUGAGUAACCCCUGCUCGUAUCUUGUUCAGAAUCAUGCAAGAGUUCAGAGGCUUUUCGAGGGAUAUGGUGACUGAAAUUGAAUAUGGCUUCGGCACUUUAAAGGUUUUAUAUGCAAAGAAACACUUAGGAGUCAUUACAAAGAUUAUCCAUGGCAAAGGCAAGGAUGCUUUUGAUGAUAAAUCUCAGUGCAUUCGUAUGAGAGUUGGUCAAUUUUUCAUGCCAACAUUCAAAGGAAACGACACUUCCAACUGUACAGAGUUUGAUGAGAUCAUCCACAGUUUCUCUGAACAAUCAGAAGAUUUUGGAGAGACUUUGGACCCUUGAUUUUCAAGCUAUUUGUAUUAAUUUUUUUAAUAUUGCUGAUUAUAAAAUCUUUCCAACUUGUACAACAAGAAUGGAGCAUGUACAAAACCCUCAUCAACCUCCCUCUCAACAACAAACCCCACCAACCCUUCAACCCCAACCUCAACUUCACAGACGAAUUCUUAGCCCUCGGCCACCAAAAUCCCCCUCCAUCUUCCCACCUAAGUUCUGAAUCCUAACCCAACAAUAACCCUCAAAGUUAUAACAAUCAAAUAUCUUCAACUGUC